ACACAACAUAAAAUUCAAAAAUAACAUAAAUUGAUGGGAGAGAAUUAUGAGCAAGAAAUCAUUGAAAUCCAAUCGAAAUGGGAAAGAUUCAGGUUCGGACGAGGAAGAUGAAGAAGGACUGCAGGAGGCGCUGAAGGAAUUGGUCAAAAUUCCUGAUAUAGAAACUAUUGAGGAUAAAGAUAAAAAUAAAGAUGAGAGGGAAGUAAAAAAACAAAGAAAAAGUUCUCUAAAGGUUCCGAAAAAUCAAGUAGAACAAGGAUCACAAACGGUCGACAAUCGUGAGAAGGCAAAUCCAUUGAAACCUUAUUUAAGUAAAAUAGAUAGCGAUGACAGCUGGACUACUAUUUUCAUAAGAAGGUUUAGCUGGAAUAAAAACCCAAAAAGUGAAAGCACCCCACCAGAAGUUAAGCCGAAUAUAGACAAGGAAAAACAAAAUGCUGUAGAAAUUAUAUCAAAGCAAGUGAAAGAAAAUAUAAAGGAUAUUAAAGGCGACGGACUGCAUAAAAUAAAAUCUUCCCCCGAAAGUUCAAGCGAAAGAUUAAUACGAACGGAACAUUAUGGUUAUUCUAUACCAAGAACUUGGGAAACAAAAAACAAUACUCAUGAUUUAAGCGAUGAAGAAUCAGAGGAAGAUACGCCGGAGUUUAUUGAGAAAUUAAGAAAAAUUGAAGAAGCAUCAAAGCCUAAAACUUGGAAGAGGCCGCAACCAACUAUCAUUAAAAACAAACUCUAUUCUUCUUCACAUAAAAGUAGAGAAAAUCAAUUGGAAGUGAAGUCAAAUAAAGAUAAUGAGGAACAACAUAGGUACAUAAAUAUAUUAAACGCUCCAUUUCAGCGGAACCUAAAAUAUCCUGCAGUUGAUGAAACUAACAAUCCACUAACUUUAAAUAAAGUUUCUGAAGAUAAAGAUACUCAAUCAAUUGACCCUGAGAAAGAAACUCCAGAAGGAGUACCGAUUGAAAGUGCGGCACCACAAAAUGUGGCACAAAAAUCACAUAAACUUCAGGGUAAAAAAUCUAAAGAAAAGUUCAAGGAAAAAAAGGCAGAUACUACCGAUUCGCAACGAACUUUGACAAUCACGGGGCACUCGCAUAUUACAACAAAAUGGGAUAAUCAUUGUCAUUUUAGGGAAAACCAACACGGAGUGGAUAAGAAAGCCCGACGGAUUUUGAUUAUCGCCUGCGUUCUGUGUUUUGUGUUUCUGAUCGUCGAGGUUGUUGGAGGAGUUGUUUCCAAUAGUUUAGCCAUUGCCACGGAUGCUGCCCAUUUGCUCACGGAUCUGGCCUCGUUUCUCAUUUCCCUGUUUGCACUUUACCUGGCUGGAAGACCCUCCUCGGAGCGAUUGAGCUUUGGCUGGUACCGGGCAGAGGUCAUCGGCGCCAUGAUAUCCGUCUUCUUUAUUUGGGUUAUCACAGGCAUCCUUGUUUAUUUGGCGAUUAUGCGUUGGGUUAAUCAAGAAUUCGAUCUGGAGGCCAAGAUAAUGCUGAUCACCUCGGCACUGGCCAUUUUAUUUAACAUAGUGAUGGCCGUGCAGCUGAAUCACGGGCACUCGCACUUUACACCAGGGAAAGUCAAGCCAACCAAAGUCUUAGGAUCCCAGCAGGGAAGCAAGAUUGGUUUGGAGUCCCAAAAACCCAGCCUCAUAGGAAGAUCGAUAUCCACCCAGUUUGCCGUGAAAGGAGAACACCAAAAUAUUAAUGUGCGAGCGGCUUUUAUCCAUGUGAUUGGGGAUCUCCUUCAAAGCGUUGGGGUUUUUAUCGCUGCGUUGAUUAUUUUCUUUAAGCCUGAGUGGGCUUUCAUGGAUUCGAUUUGCACGUUCCUCUUCUCGGUGCUCGUCCUUGCGGUCACAUUUAAGAUCCUGAAGGACGUGUUAAUGGUUCUAAUGGAGGCAACCCCGGAUUUCAUGGACUACGAGGAGGUGAAGCAAACAUUUCUUUCGAUCCCAGGAGUUGAGCACGUUCACAACCUGAGGAUCUGGGCCCUGUCCAUCAAUAAGAUCGCCUUGUCCGCUCAUUUGGCCAUUUCCAAGGAGGCCGAUCCUCAGCUGAUCCUCGAGGAGGCCACUAUCCUGAUCCACAAAAGGUACAGAUUUUUCGAGACCACCAUCCAGAUUGAGGAGUAUUCUCCUGAAAUGGAGAACUGCGAACAGUGUGCGUGGCCUACGGAGAAAAAGGAUGCGCGAAGGACUUUGGAUUUGGAAGAGGUCGUGGCCAAUGGUCACCGCAAAAAUGAGGAGAUGGAGCCAACAAACAAGGAAAACUGAUGUCUUUUGUUAAGCUUAACGCCAUUAUGUUUACUUGUAUAUAGAUAAAUAUACCACAUCUUUGUAAAAAAUAAAUAUUUAAAAUUUCC